AGGAAAGAAGGAUCUCUCGGCCCCCAAUAAAAAGAGCAGAAAGAAGAUCAUUCUGCAUUUUAACUCAGCUUAUAUGGAUCAAGUAUUUCCAAGACAGUAAUGAAGUUAAUCUCGACCCCAUGGCAUGAAUAGAGAAGAAGCAAUAACAUAAACCCAGUCUUUAUUUUACCUUACUUCCAAUCUCUCUCCUGCAACUCCAAGUCGAAAAUGAACUCUUUAGAAUGGCAACAAGCCGAUCUAGUAAUGGUUAACCCCUUAGAAGACGUCAUCUCUUCACAGUCUAAGCAAUUAGGAGAGAGAAAGCUGAAGGCUCAAACCCCACAGUCCCCUAAUUGCCCAAGAUGCAACUCCACUAACACCAAGUUUUGCUACUAUAACAAUUACUCUCAUGCUCAACCGAGAUACUUCUGCAAAACUUGCAGAAGGUAUUGGACCAAAGGAGGUGCACUCAGAAAUGUACCGGUUGGAGGAGGUUGUAGAAAAAGCAAAAAGCCCAAUUCAACAAAAGCCUUACAAAAACCCACUUUGAAUUACAGCAAUGAACCCACUCUUUCUCUCUCUAAAACUAACCAUGGAAGCCCUUCCUUUCCUUCAUGUUAUGUGAUGCAAGAUGGGAACCAUGAAUUCUUCCUCCCAUUUCAAGGCAUUGGGUACUCUAGCGGGCCUGAUUUAUUGCAAGAAAGCAAGCCUUCUCUCUUGAUGUCUGACUUUGGGUGCAGAGAUGUGACCUCUUUCAUGGAGCCAAACCCCAGGCCAGCCCAUUUAGGUAAUCUAGGGUUUCAAAAUUUUGGGUCGUUUCUUAACCUUUCAAUGGAAGGGUUGAAUGGGUAUGGGUAUCAUCAAGGGAGUGACAGGGCCCUUUUCUCUCUAGAAAACCCAAAUGAUUCUUCUUCAAGGCCCGUCGACGAAUUCAAUGGUUUGCAAGAGAAGAUGGUGGAGACUGUAAUUGAUCCUUCUACUCAGCAGAAUGGAAUGGGAGUUUCAUGGCAUGGAGUUCAAAACUCGGGUUUCUCAGAGUUGCAGUCUUUCUUUUUUUGAUGAACUCAGAGUUGUAGUCUUUCAUGGCUGAUUUGAGGGCUUAGGGCCUUGUAACAGUCAAUGUAUAUUGAGUUUGUCUCUAUAUUGAUGGGAGAGUGAAUUGUAAGGGUAGAAAA